AUGUUGUUUAAACCUGAACUUGAGUAUAAAUUACGUUCUUUUGAGGGAUUGACUGCAAAACAAACUCGUAAAGCAAGUCAAGAAGAAAAAGAUUGGAAUGAAAACUUCAUCAAUAUCGUAAAAAGUUAUUUUGAAGAAAAAAAUCUAUCUCUUAAGGAGAAUAGGGUGAAGUGUUAUAUUACUUCGAGGGGUUAUUUCACUCACAACCAAGAUAAUUUAGGUGAACAAGGAGGUUGUGGAAGAUAUUGGAAUUCUGCAAAAGCAAUGGUAAUCUUUGUUUUUUCCGUAGAUAAUCAGAAACUUAUUAUGGAACGGCAAUACCUAGGACAAUCUUGCGUUCACUGUGUUGACUCACCAUAUCAACUUCCUUUGUUUCAUGAAAGGACCAUCAAACGAAUCCUUAGGAGCUUGCUUGUCAUGGUGCUAAAAAAGAUGUUUGAUAUUGUUGAUGAAUCGUUAGACGAGGAUAAGGAAGAUACUGUGUACAGACAUGGAGGAGCUCACAACAGACAAAUCUGUGAAGCUUGCAAGAAAGGAAUUUGUGGUCAGAAAAAGGUUGUCGUCAAGGACCUUAGUGCAAAGUUGAAUAAACUUUCUAUAAACAAAAAGUAA